UGACACGGCAGAAAGCAAGGCCGAAGCGUCUGUGUUUUGGUUCUUGUCCCUCGUGGACGCUGCUGGUAGAGGAAAUGGUAGUGGAGAAGGCGGGUUCGAGCCCCCCGAAGACCGUAGGUGACAGGCGGCCCCAGCAGCAGGAGCCACUGGGGCACGUGAAGAAAAGCAAGCAGCAGGUCAGCGAUGGAUUCACUGUCAAAGCCAUGAUGAAAAACACCGUGGUAAGAGGCCCCCCAGUUGCAGGAGCAUUUAAAGAAAGACCAACAAAGCCCACAGCAUUUCGCAAGUUUUAUGAGCGAGGAGACUUCCCAAUUGCCCUUGAGCAUGAUACAAAAGGAAACAAAAUAGCCUGGAAGGUAGAGAUUGAGAAGCUGGAUUAUCAUUAUUAUCUGCCUUUGUUUUUUGAUGGGCUUACUGAAAUGACAUUUCCAUAUGAGUUUUUUGCUCGGCAAGGAAUCCAUGACAUGCUGGAACAUGGUGGAAACAAAAUUCUUCCUGUCAUUCCUCAGCUCAUUAUCCCAAUAAAAAAUGCACUGAGCCUUCGUAACCGACAGGUCAUCUGCAUUACGCUGAAAGUCCUCCAGCACCUGGUGGUGUCAGCUGACAUGGUGGGGGAGGCCUUGGUGCCCUAUUAUCGGCAAAUCCUCCCAGUCCUAAACAUCUUUAAGAAUAUGAAUGUUAAUUCAGGCGAUGGGAUAGACUACAGCCAGCAGAAGCGUGAAAAUAUUGGAGAUCUGAUUCAAGAGACACUGGAAGCCUUUGAGCGCUACGGUGGAGAGACUGCUUAUAUAAACAUUAAAUACAUGAUCCCUACUUAUCAGUCGUGCAUAUUAAACUAAGUUGUGUCAAAAGGGAUGAUUCCAUUUGUGCUCUAAAAAAACUAUAUCUAACUGUGUGGCAUCUUGUUAGUCAUGCUUUUUUCUCUACAGCUGCUAAAGUAGUAGCUUCUGGGGCAUUAGACUGUUAGCACUAUUGUGAACAAGUCUUUCCAAUACAUAAAUAGUGCCUGUUCCUUUGAUUACAAUGGUGUACUGUGCUUGUUUGUUCCACGAAAGAAUUGCUUCUUUAUAACAGAGCUGACUGGAGCAGGAAUCAGAGUUAAACCUUCAGUUGUAUAGACAAUAAAACUAUAAUUUUCAUACGCAAUUCAGCAAUUGCUGUUCUGUGUCCACUUGCCCUGAGGGUGAUGUCAGAGGCUGUAACAAGAAGAGUUUAUGCUGACUGCUUAAUAGGUGUUUGUCAUGGAAGAGAAACACCAGUUCAGCAAUGCCUCUCUAGCAGCUGUGCAGAAUAAUGUGCACUGACACGCAAUAAAACUGUUUAAUGUAUAUACCAAUUACAGUGGGAAAUUUUAUAUGGCCCAUUUUAAAGCUGCAUCAUAAAGUUAGUGUUUCUUUUACACGCAUGAUCUAGGCUUCCAGGUGUUUACCCUUUUAUGAAACUUGGGUUGCUAUUGGUGAACAUCAGGCACAAGUGUAGUUUCAAAGAAAAAAAAAAGCAAAACUUGAAUAUAUCAGAUGGAAUAUGGAGUGUGCAUAAUAUAUCACUCCCUAAUGACACUGCUAAUCAAGAUAAGCACACUGUAUCAAUAUAUAUUUGGUUAGAGGGCACUGGGUAGUGACUCUAAAGUUGCUAUUGUUGGAGUAACUCUUCAGAAUUUCCUGCUCAGUUAGUUUCUCCCUGCAUACCUACAACAGGGAAUUGAUAUAGCCAUACAUUUAAGAAGGCUAUCAAGAUUGGCUUCAUUUGCUUUAUAAGCAUUUCUAUUAAAUAUACCUCUGAAUAAUAAAACAAGCUUUAUAAUUGUCAAGGACAACCAUUUAAAAAUUUCAGUCAGCUCAAAAUCAAAUGAGGAGAUAGGAGCUUUGUCUAAGAAAGCUUGCGAUUUAAAAAAUUACAGACUUUGGACUCAUUUUGUUUUUGUUCUGGUUUCUGGGAGCUCUUAAAAUAUACACAAGUUGCCCUUUCAAGUGUUUCCCUGGAAUUGUUAGGCCUUGAAAUGUACUCUUUUGUGUUAGAAGCAUGAGACUUUGUCCACGUCCAUGUUCACACACUGCAAGGAGUGCCUGCGUGGGAGACAUGGCUCUUACCCUGCCCUGCUCUCAUGGGUGAGUACAGGAAUUGUGGGGUGCACCUUGCCACCUGGAGAAACUUUGAGCUAGAUGUGUCAUUAGACUGACAUUAGCUUUGCUUUAUCCCAUUCUGUGGGCUCUUUAGCCUGAGGAUUUUCUUUUUUUUUUCUGUUAUUUUCUUCUCUUUCCUGUAACUGAAGAAAAAGUUAGGAGGAAGAUUUAUUUUCUUCCUGCCUCUUUGAGGAACUGCUGCAUCAUGUGAUGCCACUGGCCAUGAGAGCUCACCAUUCCCCUGAUUUAGGCAUGACUGCUGCAGGUGUGCCUGUUUCCCAGGCUCCAGAGAGCUUUUCUUUUCUUUUCUUUUUUCUGUUAUUUCUGAGUUUUCUUUUGCAUGUUGCCAAGCCUUCUCUCAAGUCCCUAGAGUUUAGCCAGUGUCUAUCCUGUGACUGACACAUGCUUAUGAUGGAUGAGCACAUCAAAUACACUGCCUCACAUUUAGGGUAUCUGUAAAUCUUUCACCUCCCAGGCAGAAAGGAAUGUGAAGCCUGUCUGUAGGCAUAUUUCUUGGGAAACUCUAUAGCUUUGUCUUCAAGACUUGCAGCACAGAGUCUCAAAGGAUACUGCAGGGGGGCUACGACCACAUCUGCUCUUCCAAAAUGCCUUUCUAACGCUUUCUAACCUCUUUCUAAAUAGAGCAUUUAUGGAUCACAGGUCUAGGAGCUACUCCAGAGAAAGGUCCCAGCUCAGAAAAGUCUGCACAAGCAGGGCCAGCAAAGGUAAUAAACAUAAGAACUAGAUGGGCUAACUUCCCUUCUCUGAGAGGCAGUCUCUUCUCCCACAUCCAUCUUGGCACUAUUCCAUAGACCCUUUACUUACAGUUGCUCCCUCCGUUUCACCUCAGAAGAUCCCUGCCUUUGUCCCCUGCACUGAUGAGCCACAUUUCUUCUUUUAGUGGCACCUAUGGAUUCCACAGUAAGUACAAAGUGUGCUGGAGGGCUACUGCUCAGAGGAAGCCAAGUUGUUCCACUCUGAAACAAAUCAUAUAAUGAAAAGUUUCAGGCCACGUUUCAUUUCUUAGCUAUUUAUAGGCUUGUCCUUAAGAGAAAGCCCAGUACCACUCAUAUGCCUUAGGUCAAGAAACUCCUCAAUAGCUGGCUUCAGUUCCACCGCCCUUCAGGCCCUGGCUGCAGAGCUGCCCGCAGAAGUGACAGGAAAGGAAAGUACUCUCGUCCCGGGACUUCCCCGUCCCACCGUCCUUCUGCAUCCCAGCAGCGCUGCUGAGGAUGUGAUUAUGUUGCAGGCUCCUCCCCAACUUUGUGAGCCUGUUCUCUGACCCUCUCUUUUUGCAUCCCCUCCCCCCUUUGCUCAGCUAGGACAAGAAUAGUGACUGACAGAUGCCAGAUGCCAUGGAAAAUGGCUGCUUCGUGAAGCUCCAGACUUGCCCAGACCUGAUCCACUCAGCCCCACUCAUUUUUUUGGAGAUUCCUUUAAAGGAUGUCGCUUCAACAAGGGUUGACCUUAUUGCAAACCAUAAGGGCAACAGAAGUCAUCUCCAUUCAUAUCAGGAAAAAUGCAUUUUACAGCUAAGCUCUUUUACUUGGAAGUUUGAGAAGGCUCUGCCAUACUACUUCUAUGACAGGACCAUUGCUUUAAAAAUGAACGUUCUGCCGUUACCUUGUUUAUCCUAGCAGCUGGAUUGAUAGAAAUAAACAUGAUAAAAACUACAGGUUGAUAAUUUAGGAACACCAGAAAUAAAGCUAUUUUAGGAUAUCAUUUCACUAAGUCAAACUGUAGGCCUGCCAGCCUUGACAGUGUCCCUUUAAGCAUGAUCAACAGCAUAUUUAUAGGCAAUUACAGCAUUGCUCAAAGCACUUUAUAAAGCACCAGAUCAAGGACCCAGGUGCUUAAAGCAUAUGAGUUAUAUUAUGUCAUUCAGUACACUGCUUAGCUAUUUUACUAUGAUCAAAAAUGGAAUUCUCGUUUCAAAAUAGUAACUGUCUCUCUUCUCAAGCUCGUGUAAUUGUGGUCACCGAUAUUACAGGCAGCCAAU